AAACAGGACACAGUCAUAGCCCUCCUGCAGAGACUGGCUGAUAGGAAGUGAUGGAGGGUGAAGGGCUGGAGAGCAGAGAGGCUCUAUAACCUUUUUCCCAUCCUGAGAUUAAUGCUUAUGAAUCUUAAUACUUCUGCCAUCGGCAGUAAAGAAGCUGUGAGAGGAGUGGUCUGAACCAAGAAUAUAACUCACUAAGACCAGUUACUUCACCAGUUUCCCAGCUUUAAAAACUGACAUUGUACAAAGAUGGUAGUUGGCGACUUGGAUGAUAAGACUGUGGCUGGAUCUGUUCCUGCCAUGAUGCCUGACAACAUGCCUGGUGCAGAGCAAGAGGAACAUGAGUAUGAAGAGCCCUUGAGGAUCAUGCUGCUUGGAAAGAGCGGGGUAGGCAAGAGCUCGAGUGGGAACACCAUCCUCGGGAAACACGUCUUUAAAUCAGACAUGAGGCUAGUGAGAGUCACCAGACACUGCGAGAAGAUGACUGGGACAGUUAAAGACGUGCCCAUUGAUAUGAUUAAGAAGGUUAAAGACGUGCCCGUCGCUGUGAUCGACACACCCGGCUUUUUUGAGACAGGAAGAGACAAGGGGGACAUUGUGCGAGAGGUUCUGAAGUGCGUCAAACUCCAGGAGCCAGGACCUCAUGCCUUUGUGGUUGUAGUCCCUGUAGGACGGAUGACUCAGGAAGAUCAAGAAACCAACGAGCUGAUCGAAGCAAAGUUUGGCCCAAAAGUGUGGGACUACACCAUUGUGCUGUUCACUCAUGGAGACCGCUUGGAUGAAAAAACAAUAAACGAUGUCAUCACUGAGAGCGACGACAACCUGCGCAACUUCAUACGCAAGUGUGGUGGCGGCUUCCAUGUCUUCAACAAUAAGAACCCGGAGGACCAGGUGCAGGUGGCCAGCUUCAUAGCAAAGAUCCAGACCAUGGUGGCCCUGAACGGAGGGCAUUACUACAACACAGACUUGUAUCCCGCAGAGGAGAAGAGAAUUAGAGAGAGACAGCAGAGCAUCCUGGCGGAGAAAGGUGAAGAGAUCAGACGCAAGGAGAGAGAACUGCAGGAGCGUUACCAAGGGGAAGAGCUGGAGGUGAAGAAGAGGGAGCUGUGGAGGAGAGAGGAGAACAAUGCAAGACUGGCUGCAGAGAAGGACACCAAGAUGAAUAUUUGGAAUAUUUUGCUAUGCAUACUGUUAAUGGGAGUAAUAGUACUGGUAGGUUGUGCUCUUCUAGAUAAGCGGUGGGAUGCAGCGGUGGUACUUAUUAUGAUUUUGCUUUUGAUUUACUUCAAGGCGUUUCCAUCUACUUUAAGAAAAAUACCAUGGUUUCCCAAGAAAACUCAAGGUUGUGUUGUUUUAAUUUGGAAAAGAAGAGUGAUGGAGAGGAAACGAAUCCGGUUCUUGUUUGAAGAAGAAGAAGAAGAAGAUAGGAACAGGAGAAGUAGCUUAAGGAAAAGAAAGAGAGCCAGAUAUUUUGAAGAUGAUGAUGAGGAGGAGCAGGAAGAAGAGGAGGACAGCGACAAGGGUGAGGAGGAAGAGGACAACAAGGAAAGCAGCGAGCAGCCAGGCACAUCCACACAGUACACUCACAACCAGAGGAUGCAAGAAAACAGAUUGUUGACUGUAACCUGUGGAAACAAAACAGGCAUCCUAGAUGUAGAAAAGCUGAACAGGGGUGAGGAGUGUAUCAAAUGUCAGAACAGCUGGUUCUCUCCCCCCACUUUCGAGGAAUUCGGGGGGAAAGGAUGCAGUAAAAAAUGGAAAACAAGUAUUUUCUAUGGAAAUAAGCCACUUCAGUUUUUGUUUGAGCAAGGUUCCUUAACCACCCCGGGAUUUAAAAAGAGAGGAACUCCCCCUACAAAGCAAAAGAAAAUCCGGUCAUCAAAUCGCAUAUCAGAGAGCUCCUCUGAAGAGUCACAAAUACAGUCCGCAGAAGAAACUGAGGAAGAUGAUGUUAGAGAUGAAGACUGGAUUCCAGGCAGUGAAGAAUUGGUACUGGAGGCAGAGGAAGAAAGGGUAGGGGUUGAAAAUGGAGGAGAGGUUAUAGACUCAGGAGCUGACAAGAGUGAAGAAGAGGAAGAUAAAAAGCAACAGGGAGAGAUGGAUGAGGACGUGCCUGCUGUUGAUGAUAACAGUGUUUGUGAAGAGAGGGAACCAAAAUUGAUCCAUUCAACACCUGAGAAACGUGCAUUGGAGAAGAAAGUCAAAGUCAUCAUCAAAAGGCUUCCAGAGUUUCAGGUACAGACUGCUUGUCAGUUCAUCUACGUGGAGUGUGAUACACUGAAAGACAGUUCAUAUGAUGAGAAUGCACAAAAUAAAGAGGACAGAGAACACAAUUGUUCAGCAAUAGAUGACCCCCCCGUCUCAGCUGGCACACACAUUGAUCCUUCCGAGAUGUCAGGCAUCAUUGUUGGAGGCUCUGAGAAAGAAAAUGGGGAGGAGUUUGUACAAAGUGAUGAAAGAAAAGAAGAUGAACAGAGAGAAAUCAAAACUGAAACUGGAAAUUCUCCAACACCUCUAUAUGCACCGGCUACCUCAUCUCUAGACAUCAAACCUGAAACUGAGAACAUGGGAGCAACCAGCAAUCACUGGGAGGAGAGAGAAGAAACGGAGCGUUGUGGAAAUACCCCGGAAGAAAACAAAAGUAGAGAAGUGGGGCCUGAAUUGCAGAUACAAUGGAUUCAAGGAUUUGAAGACUGUGAAAAUGCUAAUAACAAUCAUCUUUACAUGUCAACUUCUGAAGCCAGUGGUCAAUCUUCACCCAUACAGAGAGGUAUCAAGAAGGAAUACAUGGAUGCAGUGUGUGGUAGCGCUCCCACUGAAUCCCAGAGUGUGCUUGUUGACUGGACCACCUCUGGCUACGAAGCAGCGGAAUCACAAGCGAUGAAGCUAGAGACGAGAGUUCCCCAAACAAGCCGAGCCUCAGACAUCAGUCAGUCCUCCGACAUGGCGGAGGCUGCGUCCUCUAGGCCCUCUGCUAGCUGCGUUCUGGAUACAAUGGACCUUGAUCAGCUGAGGAGAGAGAAAUUAAAGUUGCAAAUAAAAGUCUUGAGGCUACAAGAGGAAUACUACACUCAGAAAAUAAGGGAACGUAAAGAAUGACGCUGUUUCAUUGGAGCCUGAUUGGAUGGUGCAAUAGGACAAUGUGAUCGCUCAGGGAUCACUGAGUGUUUACUCAACACUUGUCAUAACCUGCUAAAGUUGUCAACUUUAUCAUCAUUAUUUCUAUCUUCCAUCAUCAUCCAGCAGACAGAUUGUACCUAUAAACUUGAAGCAACUAAAACAACCUAUCUAUCCAUCAUCUAUACCCGCUUAUCCUUUUCCAUUGGUUCAGAAGGUACAGGGGGUAGAUUGGGUCACAGGUUGCUAACCAAAAGGUUUGCAGUUCGAUCCCCAGUUCUUCCCCCUGCAUGUGGAAGUGUCCUGAUACUGAGAUACUGGACUCCACAUCGCUCCUGAUGCUGUGCCAUCUGUGUGAAUGGGUGAAAAUGACAUGUGGUGUACCUGACUAAACUCUUAAUCCUGCAGAAUCCUAAAGCAAUACAAAUUAAUUAAAUUAAAAUUAAGUGCGAGGCAGGUAAUGCAUUUAUGUCACACACCUUGUGUUAUUAUGAGCAUUAGGCCUUUAACCAAGUGUGACUGCGUAAUGAUGAAACAAAGGAAAAGGAUGACAAAAGAAAGAAAAUAGAUUUUCUCUUCAUAUUAAAUGUUAAUGUUAAAACUUGCCUUACUGCAAGUGUACUAAUCAUUACAGAACAUGUGCUAUUAUUUAAUGAUUGUAAAAUUGUAAUAUUGAUACCUUUUUAUUUGUAUAUUGUUUUAAGGCCUUUGCCUAUAUUGCGGUAGUUGUGGGAGGAAAGGUUGGAGGAGCACCUAGCACUCUGGGAUCACUGGUACUGUGUAGAAGUAGUUCCAGGUUUCAGGAAGAAAUUUAUCUUAUCUAUAUUUAUCUUAUCCUUGUUCUAUUUUCGGCUUAUCUUUGUAGAUUGAAACUGAAAUCAUUUUUGUGCUGGAUGUAAACAAGAUGAAUAGAAAACUGCAGUCAGUCAACUAAGGCAGAAAUAUAGUGCGAGAAAAAGAAAA